UGCUUUUACUGUGGUUUUACACGAGCAAUGAACAUGGCGGAAGAAUUGAGUUGCUAUUUACACUGAAAAAUCUUUAAAAAUCCUGCGAAACCUGGUACAUUCUCUUCUCUACGGCUUAUCUUAAAGGAUCCUGUAACUUUUAGUCUACUUUGAAAUAACAAUGGCCAUCGCGAGCAGCUUCACAGACCGUAUCAACAUCAUUUCAGCGCUGUUAUUGUUCGUUUGUGUCGCGAAUUUUGUCAACUGCAGUUUCUACGAUGACGAACAGCAAACUGAGAAAUACACAGAAGCUGUAUUGAAUAUAACAUUUUGUGGCAGACUCGGUGAGAAAUGUAAGAUAAAGCCGUUUGAUGGAAAGGGAAAAUUUGGUAGUAACAGUCCGAAACGCAACGAGAAGGGAUGGCUGUAUACUUUGAUGGGAAAUAAUGUUAAUGGUUGUAACGUAUUUAACGUCGCGGUGGACAGAAAGCCAUGGAUUGCCCUCAUUAAAAGGGGAGUGUGUAAUUUUAAGGAUAAGAUCAUAAAUGCUCGCAAUCAUAACGCUACGGCAGUUGUUAUUUACGACAACAAGGAUAGCGACGAGGUUGUCCAAAUGUCACAUGUUGGGGCAGAUACGAUUGUUGCUGUCAGUAUAAAGAGGAAUCUUGGAGUCGAGCUGGCCGAUGCUCUCGUCAACAGAACCAAAGCUGUGUAUGUGGAGAUUUCUGUGGGUGAAACGAUUUCAAAAAAAAGAUGGCAAGUGAAUCCGACAUCUGUACUGUUCGUCUCCGUUUCCUUUAUUGUUUUGAUGGUGAUUUCGCUUGCGUGGUUGGUGUUUUAUUAUGUCCAAAGGUUUCGGUAUGUCCAUGCACGCGACAAAACCGAGAAACGGUUAACUUCUGCUGCCAAAAAGGCUAUAGCUAAACUUCCAACACGCACUGUCAACAAAAAGACAGAAGAUGAUGAGUCUGAUAACUGUGCAGUGUGUUUGGAUGGUUACAAAGCUGGCGAUGUUGUUCGUAUUCUGCCUUGCCAGCAUGAGUUCCAUAAGUUGUGUAUCGACCCAUGGUUGGUUGAGCACAGAACUUGUCCAAUGUGCAAGCUCAACAUCUUGAAGGAAUUGGGGCUGCCCAGUGUUGAGGAAAGUCGCACAUUAGCUGUAGAAGUUGGUACAUCAGAACUCCCUGAUGAGGACCAUCGUACUGCUGCUGACAAUCCUGGUGUGGUUAUGAAUGAGAUUGAACCUUCUGUUAGUGAGAGGAGGCCUAGUUCUGAUGGUUCAGAAAGCUCCAGUGUUUCUGAAUCUGGCCGUGUGCUUCGUGUUAGUGCAGAGGUGAACUGGGAAAGAGAUUCAUCAAGUUCAACUUCAAAUUUGGUUGAAAUACCUUGAUCUAAGAGCCUAACCCUUUAAUUCCCAAGAUCUGAUUGUUAAUUCUCUCUUUUAGAUCCUACACAUUUCCUGGUAAAUUAGUUAAAAGAACUUGGUGUCAGAUCAAGACAACAACUUCUAACUGAUAAGUUUUAGUAUUCUCGUUACCUGUUUGCUGGUUAAUGUAUGGAUAUUGUAGGG